AUGUAUUUACUGGAAUCUCAGAAAUGUCACAACGCUGAUUCCUUCUUAAUUCGCUUCGAAAGGAAAAGUCAACAGGAAUUUAUCAAGAAACCAUCUAUUUCGGUGCCCUACUUCAAUAUCUUUCAAACGACUCUCGUGGUGGGCACUCAGCCUGAAUUGGCAAGGAGAGAUGGGCGAGGUCAAUGUACCCCCUUUCUGGGCUGCACAAUCUGCCACUCUCUUUCUCUAACCGACUAUAGGCACCGAGCAACCCGUGGGCAAAAGGGAUACAUUGUCAGAAGGCUUGUGGUAAUUGGUUGUGGGCACCAUCCGGCGACGGACGAUAAGGCCGUCAGUGCUUAA